AUGGAUGCUCAAGAGUUUCGACAGGUGGCCAAGGCGGCCAUCGAUGAGAUCGUCGACUGGGAUGAAAAUGUCGCCUCUCAUCGCGUCGUCUCCGACGUGAAGCCCGGAUACCUCCGGCCUCUUCUCCCCUCUGCGCCGCCUCAGGAUCCUGAGCCGUGGUCCGAUAUCCAUCACGACAUCGAGACCAAGAUAUUUCCCGGCAUCACUCACUGGGCCAGUCCUCGCUUCAUGGCCUUUUUUCCCUGCUCUAGCAGUUACCCGGCCGCUCUCGCUGAGCUCUACUCCAAUGCCUUCAAUGGCGCCCAUUUCAACUGGAUCUGUAGUCCGGCUGUUACUGAACUUGAGACUGUUGUCAUGGAUUGGCUCGCUCAGGCUCUUGGCCUUCCCGAGUGUUUCUUGAGUGGAGGAUCUACCCAUGGCGGAGGCGUCAUCCACGGAAGCGCCAGUGAGGCUAUCCUCACAAACAUGGUGGCCGCCCGUGAAAAGUACCUCGCCGCUGUUACUGCUCACCUCCCUGACGACACGGACGAGAAGGAGGAGGCUCUGUGGGAGUUCAGGAGCAAGCUUGUUGCUGUUGGAAGCUCGGGUACUCACUCGAGCACCAAGAAGGCUGCUCAGAUUCUCGGCGUCCGCUUCGCUACUGUUCCCGUCUUUGAGGAAGAUGGCUUCUCCAUGACCCGCGUCGCUCUCGAGACUACCAUUUCUGACCUCCGCGCUCUGGGCCUGCAUCCCUUCUACAUCACCACAACCCUUGGCUCUACCGAUGUAUGCGCCGUCGACGACUUUGAGGCUGUCGUCGAGGCUCUCAAGCCCACCUUUGACACCCCCAACGAGAUCUGGGUCCACGUCGACGCCGCCUACGCAGGAACCGCCCUCCUCCUCGAUGAGAACAAGCACCUCGCCAAGACCUUCUCAUCCUUCCACUCAUUCAGCUUCAACCCGCACAAGUGGAUGCUCACCACCUUUGACUGCUCCGCCGUCUGGGUCCGCCGCCGCGCCUGGUUCAUCCAGGCCCUGAGCAUCAAGCCGCCCUACCUGCGCAACCAGUUCAGCGACGACGAGCUCGUCACUGACUACCGUGACUGGCAGAUCCCCCUUGGUCGUCGAUUCCGCUCCCUCAAGCUGUGGUUUGUGCUCCGAAGUUUUGGCGUCAAGGGGCUUCAGGCUCAUGUUCGUCAUGGCAUCGAGCUGGGAGAAUCUCUGCAGGCCAAGAUCGAGUCUCGACCUGAUCUCUUUACUGUCUUCACAAAGGCACGGUUUGGACUGGUCACCCUUCGUGUCAACGGCUCUACUGAAGAGGAGAUCAACGAGCGCACCGAGGCCGUAUACGAGAAAAUCAACGCGGACGGCGAGUUCUUCCUCACAGCGACAGUCAUCAACCGCAAGUUCGCCAUCCGCGUGUGCACAGGCGUGGCAAAGGUUGAAGAGGAGCACGUCCAGCGGGUGUUUGAGGUUCUGGUCGAGCAGGCAGAAAGCCGGGUGCUUAAGAAGCCCGUGACCAACGGAACGGCGGAUGUCCAGAUUGUCAACAAGACCGAGACUCCUCUGGUCAAUGGGGCCAAGGCUCAGGCGACCAAGGCGUAG